ACACCAUCGACAUCGUGCGUGACCCCAUCUCCCCCGGGGAAUACAAGCCCGAGGAGGACCCCAAGCUCUACCACUCAGCCAAGACGGGCCGGGGCCCGCUGGGGGACGACUGGCUGGAGACGGCCGCCGGCGGGCCCCUGAUGUGCGCCUACAAGCUCUGCAAGGUGGAGUUUCGCUACUGGGGGAUGCAAUCCAAAAUCGAGCAGUUCAUCCACGACGUGGGUUUGCGGAAGGUGAUGCUGCGCGCCCACCGCCAGGCUUGGUGCUGGCAAGAUGAGUGGACGGACCUGACGAUGGAGGACAUUCGGCAGCUGGAGGAGGAGACGGCGCGGAUGCUGGCGCAGAAGAUGGCCAAGUGCGGCGAGGCUGAGGAGCCCCCCGCCACUGGGGCCAGUCCCGAGGGGCGGCCGGAGCCGGGGGCUGCCAGUGGGCAGGAGGGGGCUGACGUGCAGGGGGUGGCCGAUGCCUCCCCUGAUGAUACCUUUGCCAAGCAGUGGUCCACCUCUUCCCGGUCUUCCUACUCUUCCCAGCAUGGAGGUGAGGGACCAGGUCCUGUGCUCAGCCCCUACAGCCACGACAGGGACAGCCUGUCCAGCAGCCAGGACCACAUCCCGCUGGCGGCCCUCCCGCUGCUGGCCACCUCUUCGGGGAGCUACCAGCAUGCCGUGGGUGCCGUCAUCACCCGCGCCAACCAGGCGUACAGCGCCUUCCUACACUCUGGGGAGGGGGCCGGCUUCUGUGGCCAGGUGGUGCUGCUGGGGGACUGCGUGGGCGGCAUCCUGGGCUUCGACGCGCUCUGCCAGAGCCGGGCAG